UGGGCUCAAGCUGCAUUCGAUUCCGACAGUUCUCUCCCUUUCUUCCGACAUCAUGGCCCCUGCAAUGAAAGCGAUGAAGGCAAAGAAGGUUGCCAUGAAAGCCAUGAAGGGUCAGAAGGCCAUGACCAAGGGAGGCCUCAUGGGUUCGUUGGCUGACGCCACGGAGAUGAAGAAAUCUGACAUCGCCAAGAUCUUGAACAGUCUGACCGAGAUUGGCACCGAGGAGGUGAAGAAGUCUGGCAAGUUCACUCUUCCAGGACUGUGCAUGAUCAAGACUCGCCAGAAGCCAGCAACCAAGGCUGGCAAGAGGUUGAUGUUCGGCAAGGAGGUGAUGGUGAAGGCGCAGCCUGCCAAGACUGUCGUGAAGGCAAGCGUCGUUGCGGCUCUGAAAUCCCAGAUUUGAGGCCGUUCUUUAGGCCAUGGCGCUGUAGUCAAAGGAGGCUAGUGGCACCUUGGGGGAUUGGAGCACAACUAGUCUUUGGAGGCUCAGCUUGAUGUACACUAUCCCACUUGACUCACUUCAUGCGAUCUCGAAGUGG